AUGACCGCUGCCACCGCGCUUCAGGCGGACCACCCGCAGGAGACCCAUGCCACCGCGGGAAAGGAUGUGGCGAUCGCCAUGGUAGGCGAGGAGGUCCAUCCCGUCGACCCCGUAGUGUCUGCGCGUGCUGUGCGGAAGAUUGAUUGGUUUUUGAUCCCAGCGAUGACCGUGGGUUAUGGCCUCGUAUACUAUGACAAGGCUAUACUGGGCUCAGCAGUUCUCUUCGGUAUGACCACCGAUUUACACCUAAGUAUUCCGGAUGCGCAUAACCCAGCCAGCGUUGAUACUUCUCGUCUCUCGUGGGCGACCUCAUUAUUCUACUUCGGCAUGCUGGCGGGCCUAUAUCCAAUGUCUUACGCCCUGCAACGCUUUGAAGUAGGCCGGACUCUUGGAGUGGUCGUCUGUAUUUGGGCCCUGGUGUGUCUGCUGACGGCUGCCGUUACAUCCUAUCAGGGGCUUUACGUACAGCGCUUCUUCCUGGGAUUCAUCGAGAGUAUCAUCCCGACAGGCUUCAUGACGAUAAUCUCUGGGUACUAUACUCAGCAGGAGCAGUCUUUGCGGCAGAGUUGGUGGUUCUCCUCUACCGGCUGGUGGACCAUCAUUGGUGGUGCGUUGAACUACGGCUUUGCUCAGAUCACCGGCGGUGGCCUCCAUCGUUGGCAGUACAUCUAUCUGCUUGCGGGUGCCCUUACUUUCCUGUUCGGCCUGUUUUGCUUCGCUGUCCCCAGCUCUCCAGUUUCGGCCUGGUUCUUGACCAAGGAAGAGAGGUUUGCGGCGGUCGAGCGGUUAAGACACGGCCAAACGGGGAUUCGAUGCACCCAGUUCAAGGGUGCACAGCUCAAAGAAGCCCUUCUUGAUAUUAAAAUAUGGCUCAUUGCUAUUAUGAUGGCGUCUGCAUACACCGUCAACGGAGCUGUGUCAGGUUUCGGCCCCUUGAUCGUGUCUACUUUUGGAUGGAGCACAUUGGAAUCCAUCGUUUUCCAGUUUCCACUUGGUGGCCUCUGCUUGAUCGCCAUCUUACUUACGGGCUGGCUGGGCUCGCGAUUUCCAAAUAUUCGCAUCUUCAUGCUAAUCGUCUGUUGCCUUCCCGUCAUUGCAGGCUGUGCUCUUAUUUGGAAAAGCGAAUGGUCCUAUCACGCCGCUGCACCAGUCGUGGGAUAUUCCAUCACCGGCACUUUUGGUGGCGUCGUCAGUCUUAUCAUUACCAUUGGGAUGUCCAACGUCGCAGGGCAUACGAAGAAGAGCUUUACGUCAGCGACAAUAUUCGUGGCUUAUUGCGUGGGGAACAUCAUCGGGCCCCAGCUGAUUAAGUCGCAAACAAAACCAUUACAUUACCCUGAACUGUGGACUGGGCUCAUUAUCUGUUAUUGCAUUACAAUAACUGCUGCUGUUGCACUGUACUUUGUAUUGAGGCACGAGAACAAGAAGAAGGAGUUGCUGAACAAGACGGACGAGGUCGAGCGAGCCAAACUAGCUUUCCAAGAUCUUACCGAUAAGGAAAACCCCUACUUCAGGUACCAGUUAUAG